AUGAAUACGAGGGCUAACCCGAGGAGAGUGGAAGAGAAAAAUGUUAAUGAGGGAGUUCCUCCCCAAGGUGAGCAAGGUCUUCAAGGUGGACAAGUUCCUAUAGGCAAUCAAGGUAAUAAUGUUCUGGUGGUUCCCCCGGACAUGACUAAUGAGGAGAUUAGAGUGGCUCUUCUUGCCUUAGCCCGAGCCAUGACGGGCCAAGCAAAUAAAGAUGUGGGUCCUAGGUUGAAUGAGAGUACCUUGGCCUCAAGACGAAGGGACUUUGUGUGGAUGAAUCCUCCUAUUUUUCUUAGCUCUAGAAUAGGAGAAGAUCCACAAGAAUUGUUGGACGAAAUCUAUAAGAUAGUGGAUCCUAUGGGUGUGUCAUCUAGGGAGAAGGUGGAGUUGGCUUCCGACCAAUUGAAAGAGGUGCCCCAAAUUUGGUUCACACUAUGGAAGGCCAAUAGGCCGGUUGAAGCGGGUCCCAUAGAAUGGGAUGAGUUUAAGCGAACUUUUCUUAGCAAGUACUUUCCCCGUGAGAAAAGACAGGUUAAGAUUGAGGAGUUUAUUAACCUUAGUCAAGGUAACAUGAAUGUGGAGGAAGAUGAAAUAAAUAGGUUUGUGACCGGUAUAUCCGACCUUGUGAAGGAAGAGUGUCAUACGACAAUUCUCCAUGAGGAUAUGAAUAUUUGUAGGCUCAUGGUGUAUGCUCAAUCCAUUGAGGAGUCCAAGCUUAACAGGAUGAAUAUGGAUUUAAAAAGGGGAAGAUUAAAUGAGAAAGAUCAACCUAGGUUUAAGAAGAGGGCUCCUAACCAAGAUUCUACAAGUGCUUCUAAGGCUAAUGAGGAUAAAGGUGGUGGAUCUCAAUUUUCUAAGCCUCUUUGUGCUACUUGUGGGAAGAAGCAUUUUGGGAAAUGUCUAGACAGUAUGAGUGGUUGCUAUGGGUGUGGAAAGAAUGAUCAUAAGGUGAGAGAUUGUCCUACUCUUACGGCUAGAGGAAGGAAUGCCAAGCAAGCUUCCAUUGAUGUCCCAAAUCUUGAUGCUUCAAAGUGGAACCGUUCCUAUGCUCUUCUAGCUAACCAGGAAGCAAAUCCGGAUGAAGGUGCCGGUAAGUUAUAG